UGUGUCUAAGUACAAGGAAGGACAUCUGGUUAUCUUCAAUUGCUGCAAAAAUUAAUCCACAGCAGAAAAGCCACAGACUAACAAAAACUGUAAUAUCAGGCAUGACACCUCUGCCAAACAUCAAGCUUUGUCCCUACUGUGAGGUCAAGCUUGGUCCCUACUGCCAAGACAAUAAAUUACAGAAAAUACCUCCAGAAAUAUCCAAACUGAAAAGGAUCCAGAAGUUAAAUUUGUCAAUCAAUAAUUUCACACAUUUUCCUGUUGACCUGUGCCAAUGUCCUCUGGAGGAGCUGGAUAUGAGCCAGACAAGUGGGGAAAAGUUAACAAGACUUCCAGAAGAGGUGUCUCAUAUGACUCAACUUAAAAUGCUCAACAUCUCGAACAAUGCCAUCAAAGAUAUUAUCCUUUGUGUCUUUAAAAGUUCUACAGAGCCUAGAUCUCAGAGAUUUUCAAAACUGAACAAAUUCAAGUUUGAGAACAUGGAUCAAGAAACAGAGAAAAUCUUAGAGAAGAUAUUCAACAUAGUUGCCAACAGUAUAACUGAAGCAAAUUUUAAAUUUUUGCAACAAAAAUUAAACAUGGCAAGCUCAGAACAUAACAUCACUGUAAGGCCGUAA